ACAUUUUCAAGCUCAUUCCCUGAGUCACUGCUACAGUCAACGCCAUUAGCUACGAGGACCUCUCCGUUGAUCCCGACGAGCCUCUUGCGACAGCGAUUCCUUUAAUUGUAUGGAUCGAGCCAUUGGUUGACAAUGACCUCUUCGGGGCUUGAUAUCUCCCAGCUCUCCGACAGCGAAAGGUCUGCUCUAGACACCUAUAUAGCUGUAACGGGUCAGGAGCCGUCGGAAGCUAUUCCCUUGUUGCGCCGCUCACAAUGGAAUGUACAGAUCGCCAUCUCGAAGUUUUUCGAUGGGGAAGGUCCAGAUCCAGUCGAAGAAGCCCGUGCAGCUCUCAAUACCCCUCCUCGACCUAAUCGUCAAACACAAAAUCUCAUGACAGAUGACCUCACCGCAAACUUCACCUCGGCUGUGCGUGCCGCCGAUCCUGCUCCCCGAGUCGAGACUCAACCAGAAGGACAACCGGUUUAUCGUCCGCCUUUCCUACUAGCUCUUCUGUUCACCCCGAUCAAUCUUCUAUACCGAUUACUUUACAGUUCCUUCCGCCUUUUUGGAACUCUGUUCCCUUUCCUUCCCCGUUUCUUCAAUACAACGGCCAGCUCAGCUCUUCACGGUACACAACGGAACACCAAUGGACGCCGGCCGCUGGGGCCUAAAGACACGGCCGCCAGGUUCAUUCGAGAGUUCGAGGAGGAAUACGGGGCCAACACGCUGCCUUUCUUGGAGAAUGGAUACAAUAUGGCUCUAGAAAAAGCCCACCGUGAUCUCAAAUUUCUUCUCGUAGUUCUCCUGGCCCCUGAGCAUGAUGACACGAACGGUUGGGUCCGAGACACCCUCUUGUCCCGGGAGGUUAUCGAUUUUGUCAAUGACCCGCAAAACGACGUCAUUGUAUGGGGAGGUAAUGUACAGGAUUCGGAGGCAUACCAGGUCGCAAACUCUCUCCGGUGUACCAAGUUCCCCUUCGCAGCUGCCGUUGUUCACACUCCCAAUGUAUCCUCGACGGCAAUGUCCGUCGUCUCUAGAAUAUCUGGAACUACGUCGCCGUCAGAGCUUACUGAGAAACUACGAACCGCCAUUUCACAGCACAAGGAGCCUCUAGAGAGGAUCGGGGCCACUCGGGCCGAGCAACAGGCUUCCCGCAGUCUACGGGAGCAACAAGACUCCGCCUACGAGCGUUCAUUGGCCAUUGACCGGGAGCGAGCGAGACAAAGACGGGAAGCUGAGGCAGCUAGACAACGGGAGGAACAAGAGGCUGCAGAGCGCCAAGCCGCGGAGGAGAAGCGGCUCCACGAUUUUCAGCAGUGGAAGCGUUGGCGGGCACAGGCUAUCCCGGACGAACCGAGCGCGGAUGUCAAAGAUGCCGUUCGUGUUAGCAUUCGACUGCCCUCAGGCGAACGUGUUAUUCGGAAGUUCGCGCCAGAAGCUGACCUUGAAGAGCUAUAUGCAUAUGUCGAGUGCUACGAUAUCCUGCAAGAGUCCCACGAGAAACCCACGGAUGUUGAGAAGCCAGAUGGGUUUGAGCAUCAGUACGGGUUUCGACUCGUUUCCCCUAUGCCCCGGGUUAUAUAUGAAGUCGGGGCCGGAGGGACCAUCCGAGACAAGGUCGGUCGAGGAGGCAAUCUCCUUGUCGAACCGAUCGACGACGAAAGUGACGAGGAAGAAGAAGAGUCGUAGAUCUCACUAUGGGGCUGUACUAGUACUGUAUGCAUACUAGCCGAGGGCAAUUCAUGGAGUCAAACUAGACCUGUCUAACUAGUCUCUUUCAAAUUUGACACGAUAAUGAUCACGAACAAUAUCGAGUAUGUUGGGUCGACGAUGUCCCCUACAUCUGUAAAUCAUAACAUCUUCCAAAAGGAUGCCUCGCCUUGGUACCGAACCGGCAACCGGUUUGAAGCUUGUUGUUGAAAGCUAGGCCCACUUGACUCUCUCAGAGAGGGAAAGGAAGAUCUAGAUACAUACCAAGCAUAAAUAUUCUUAUGGAUAAGAGCCCGGGGAGCAUGCGUACCACAUUGCGCUAAAGUGGUCAUUUGAGGAUCUGGUCGUGCUUCGUACUUGCAUGUAACAGUGUUCCUGGAGUGGCACGGCGAUUAUCUAGCAUAUAGCCCUAGGCGGCGGCUCCCAGU